UUAAGUAAUUUUGCGAAAAGAUGUAACUCAAAGAUAUCGAAAACAUCGUAAAAUCAACUUGUAAAUCAUAUCGGGUUUCCGGAGGUUAAAAUAAGAAAGUCCAAUAAAAUUGAAGACAAAAAAACGGAAAGUAUAUAAUAAAAUGUUCUCGUUUCACAAACCACGAGUUUAUCGCUCGGCUGAAGGAUGUUGCAUUUGUCGUGCAAAGUCGAGUAGUUCACGUUUUACUGACUCACGUAAAUACGAACAGGACUCAAUGAAAUGUUUCAACUUGAAAUAUCCUCGUCAUGGAGAAAUUUGCAAUGCAUGUGUUUUGCUGGUGAAACGUUUUAAACGGCUUCCUGGUGGCAGCACCCGACAUUGGGGACAUGUGGUUGACGCUCGUGCGGGACCCGGAACGAAAUCCAUUUCAAAACACAAAAAAAGUCGAGACGAUUCGGAAACUACAGCGCAUAGUGCUUCAAGUAAUAAUACAAAUUCUCGACGAGCACCCAAUUCAAAGUCACUCAUUCCCGAAAAAUUUUCCAAAAUAUUUAAAAAGAGUAAAAAAAACAAAUUAGGCGCCGGUGCCUGCUCCGAAAAGAAAGCUGAUGAAUGUAGACGAUCUUCUGUCUCUGAGUUAAAAACAUGGAACGACCAACAUUUGUUUUCUGCAACACUUGAUUCAAUGGAUAGCGACUAUGAAGAUAUCGGCGAAGGCGGAGAUGUUUACGAUUCGAAACGAGGAAAUGUAAACGUAAAUAAUUCAACAGUGCAAUUUCAAACACAAACUCGUGCAUCUGCAAACCGUGCCUCCCGAAGGGCCAAUAAUAUUAGUAAUGUUUCCAAUAAUCACUCUAAGAGUCCACUAAAAACAGGAAGCCAACGACGUAAAUGUAUGCCUCCUAUUCGAAAUCGGUCCACAUUAAAACUUGUCAAUGAUAAAACACAAUUCUUUGAUGAGACGGAAUGGCAAGAACGUAAGACUUGCUGUGGCAUGAUGUAUGUGUGCCCAUCGUUAGCUGGAGCAAUACUACUCGAUAUUGAAAAAUUUGAAGUCUGCUCAGAACAUAAACGCUCGCAAAUUUUGCAUACUGAGACCAAGUCAUCGACCAAUGAGGAGCUGUCAUCUACUUUGCAAAAGACAAUCAUCGCUACAAUGCCAGCCGUAGUUCAAUUAUCUGCGCCAUCGGUGGCUAGCGUUUGUCCACCUCCAUUGCCCAAUCCAGUGAAUGCAAUGAAAACCAAUCAUACACCAGUAUUGAAGAAGCAUCAUUUGUUCUUCAAACGACAGUCGGAAAGUUUUCCUCAAGUGGAUCUCGCUGUUAAUAAUAAUAUUAUAAAUUCCUCAAAUAAGACUGAAUCUCUGGCAGUAUCAACAAACACUCCCGUUAUAAUUAAAAGCAGCACAAACAUUGCAAAUCACAGUGGCUCAACACCGCAUUCAUCAGCAAUAUCGAUUGGAAGCAACUCAAAUAUUGUUUCCACACCAUUACCCCUUGCAAUAAAUACCACAAAUGUAUCUGCCAUAUCGAGCAUUUCUCCUUCCAAUGCAGCAUCUGUGAGUGCGCAAAUGCCACGGCAUUCAACUGCCAAGGUUACUACAAUUUCCCCACCCUUACCAACAACAAAUAUAAUCGGGGGCAAUAGGCUUUUACAUAAAAUAAAGGCGGGAAAAAUUUUCAAGCAUUCUUUGGAAAAAAUUGGUGUCACGUCCACAGCCUCACCAGUCUUGUCAGCGACUGUGGAGCGUAUUAAGGCUGGCGAUUUCCAGGAUAUAAAACCAGUAAUGCGAAACGUGACAAAAUCAUAUGUGGUCUCAAAGCCAAUAACUGGCGGGUCCAAUCAGCAGAGUACACAAUACUAUCCCGUCGGUUCCUCACCAACAUCCACAUGCUCCAACUCUUCGGCUGCUUCUUCCUCAUCAUCCUCGACUGCACCAAAGUUUAGUGACAAUUCCUCAGAUUCUGGAUUCGACGAAAAUCUGCAGGAUAGAAAAUCGGCAAGUCCUCUGGAGGACACAGAGAAAAAACUGGCAGCUCGUGCAGCAAUAGGUAAUGUGCAUACGAUGUUUUUGGCAAGUGGCGUCCAGAUACAUGGUCAACCUCAAAAUUUAAUGCUUACUGGUAAUGAGGUAGCUGCAAAAUUAUUGCAGAAUCGCAAACAACAUUUGGCUAUGAUGGCAAAUUCCAGUGCUGGGGCUGUGCAGCAACAAUUUCAACAACAACAACAAUCAGCAACUAAUGUGUCGCGUAUUGGUUCGGCUGCACCAUCCUUAAAAAUAUCUCCAGUCACCCCCGCUACAAUAUCUACCAUAUCAGUAGGAAAUUCGGUUGCUAAUAAUUCUCACAGCAAGGUAACAUCAGCGACAUUAACUACAUCUCGUGCAAUCUACAAUAACAAUACCAUACAACAUGAAAACGGUGUGACAACAAUCGUGCCGGCAUCCUCGUUAGCUGCAUCCACACAAACCGCAGCUAUGAAUGCACUAGCUCCUAGUACCGUAACAAUAACACCUGCACCAACGCAUCAAUUAGGAAAUACAGCAUCUAGUACGUCGUUGGGUUUAACAAAAAAACUGACAACAAGUGGGGUUGGAGUAAAUUUAAUAGCAACUGGUGGCAGCAAUCAAAGCAAUAUUCUACACACAGUAACGAACGCUGCUUCACAUUUAAUCAAUCAUGGCAAUAGCACACUGUUGCACCAACAAGCACACCAUCUACAACAGCAGCAACCACUUCAACAUCACAACACGGCGAACAACUUGAAUCAGAAGAUUAUUCUACUGAAGACAUCUGGCCCAACGAAGUAUAAUAAUUUGGCGAAUAUCGGCAGCAGUAGUCUUAAUAGCGUUAAGCUGCCAAACGGCGCAACACCAAUAGCCGCAUCGCCCGUGAACACCGCCGGAGUUUGCAAGAAUUGACAAAGCGGCAGUCGACAGAAAUUCAUGCGCUAGUGCUUUACUCAGUUCCCACUUCUUCAUUUAUAAACAGUUCAUGUGGGAUAGAAAUAUUGAGUUGCAAUGAUUGCUUUUAUAUAUCUUGCGUCCUAUUUGUGUUCUUUGAACACGUAACUUUACUGUUUAAUUGCUUCGUCACGUUGGUGCUGAGCAAUUUCAAGUUGCCAUUUGUGUAGCACAUAGAAAAUACUCGUAAAAAAACUAUAUUUUUAAAGGGAUUUAAAACCCCUAAAUAAUUGGAGAAAUAAUCUGGUUCCAAAUUUGAUUUUUAUAAUUGCAGCGAUAACUUCACCAGCAUUGAGAGGUUAUAUAUAUAUUUUUAGAUUUUUAUUUUAUGCACAUAUUGCCAUUUCAAACCAUUCUUAGUUUUAUUCAUACCGAUUUUUACUUACUUAAUUAUAAAUACACAAUUUCAUUACAAAAUGCGCACACCCAUACAGGUGCACCCCUUUACACUUAAAAGAGUUUAUAAACAUAUGAAAUAUAUUAAGUGAAGUUUACGGUGAUCAUAUUUAAAAAAGAUUAAAUACGCCUACGGCGAUGUUUAUU